GCUUUAUUACAAAUGUCGGAGAAGAGUUAGAAAAGGGUACUCCAGUUCAGUUACGACAUGAAAUCCUUGGCAAAUUGUUAGGAGGAGAAAAUCUUGAUGUAGGCACACCAUGUACAUUGCGUCAUUCAACUAAAAGAAGACUUCCAAAUACAAAAGCUCUUAUUGUUCUUGAUGAUGUGUAUGGUUAUUUACACCUAAAAGAGUUAGUAGAAGGGUGGAAUUUGUGUGGUCCAGGAAGUAGAAUCAUUGUAACAAGCAAAGAUAAGCAAGUGCUUGAAAUUGUGGGCUGCAAGAAAUAUAUUUAUAAGGUUGAGAAAUUAAAUGAUUGUGAAUCUCUUCAACUCUUCAGCUUCCAUGCCUUCAAACAAACUCAACCCACAAAUGGAUACAUGAGGCAGCUAUCAGAAAGAGUGAUAAGUUAUACUCAAGGAGUUCCAUUAGCCCUCAAGGUUUUAGGUUGCAGCCUUUAUGGUAAGGGUGUGAAAGAAUGGGAAAGUGAGUUGAAAAAACUUGACACUAUUCCCAAUAAGGAAAUUCAGGGCAUUCUGAGAAGAAGUUAUGAUGGACUAGAAGAUAAUGAAAAGAGUAUAUUUCUGGAUAUUGCAUGUUUUUUAAAGGGGAAAAUAAAGAUCGUGUAAAAAAUAUAUUAGAUUGCUGCGGUUUUUUUGCAGAAAGUGGAAUACGUAGUCUGCUUGACAAGUCUCUGGUAACUAUUUCCAAAGAGAAGUUAGGGAUGCAUGACCUGCUACAACAAAUGGGUAAGGAUAUUGUUUGCAAAGAAAAUAAAAAGCCUAGAAAGCGUAGCAGGUUGUGGAAUGCCGAGGAUAUAUAUUACAUACUGAAAACAGACAAAGGGGCUGAAAGUGUUGAAGCCAUAUCACUGGAUUUGUCCAAAAUUAGAAACAUAGAACUAUGUCCUUCUGCCUUUGAGAAAUUUUAUAAGCUUAGAUUGCUCAAAUUUUACAAUCCUGGCUCUAAGGAAAUGAAGUUACAUCUUCCUAAAGACCUGAAUUUUCUUCCAAAUGAGCUGAGGUUUCUCUACUGGGAUCAAUACCCUUUGAAAUCAUUGCCAUCGACAUUUUGCCCUGAGAAUCUUGUUGAAUUGCACAUGCAUAGUAGCCAACUCGAACAACUUUGGAACGAAGAUGCUCUGAGUCUUAAAAACUUGAAAUUUGUGGACCUCAGCAACUCGAAACGAUUGAUCAGAAUUCCAGACAUGUCGAAAUUCCCAAAACUUGAGGUUACAAUUUUGAGAGGCUGUAUGAAUUUGGUUGAUUUUUCUUGGUCUUCUAAGUACCACAGCAAGCUAGUAAGUCUUCCAAACAGUAUGUGCAAUCUGAAAUUUCUGAAGCAGCUAGACUUCACAGAUUGUGUGAAUCUCCAUGGAUUGCCAGAGAACUUGGGGGACCUGGAAUCUCUAAAAUACCUGAUAGCCAUUAGAAGUGGUAUAAAAAGACUACCAUCUUCUAUCAAUCAGUUGAAGAAAUUGUACUCCUUGAUCUGUGAUGGAUGUGAAGGUUUGACAUUGCCUCAUUUCACAGGUUUGGCCAGUCUUUUUCAUCUUUCUUUUGACGAUUGUGGUAUAUCAGAAAUUCCCGGUAAUCUUGGUUCUUUAAGGUCAUUGGCACAUUUAUAUUUACGUGGAAAUAAUUUCAGAAGCAUACCUACAAGCAUCAAGCAAUGUUCUAAGUUGGUAGAACUUUAUUUAAGUGAUUGCAAGAGGCUUCAAUUUUUGCCAGAGCUUCCAUCAACUCUACAAUGGUUAGAUGCAAAUAACUGCACAUCUCUGGAAAUUGUAUUGAGAUCAUUCAAACAAGGAUAUAUGAAUUCCUGGUUUUGUAUGGAUCUUAGCAAAUGCAUUAAGUUGGAUCAGAGUGCAUGCAGUCAAUUGAUGGAAUGUCUACUGCUGAAACUUCAAAGCAUUGGACAACCAGAGGAACAGUAUCUGUUCAAUGAGCAUUAUCAAUAUCUGGGCAAAAAGGCUGAUGCAACGCUGCAUGAUUGCCUACAAUGUUUAUGCAUCCCGGGAAGUGAAAUGCCAGAAUGGAUGAUGUACAAAAAUGAUAAUGGAUCUUCAUUGUCAUUCUCUAUCGCAACAUUUGAUCUUCAUUCCCAUGCUACUGACUUCAUUAAGAUUGCUUUCUGUGUUCUAGUUGCACCCAAAGCUAAUCAUUCUCGUAAUUUCAUCGAGACUGGUAUUUCUAUUUUAUGCAGAUGCCACUUUAUAACUGACUCUGGAGAUAGCCUUGAUAUGUAUUCUGAUUGCAAAAUGAUCAAAAGACAUCACAUUUCUCUCUGGUAUUCCAACAUUCAUUUCCAUUCCAAGAAAAUUCGUAUCAGGGAGGCUUCAUUUCAAUUCUCGAUCAAUUACUCAUUCAACAGAUUACACUUGAGUGAAGCCCAUAAGUGUAAAGUCUACAAGUGUGGAGUCCAUCUUAUAUUUGAUCAUAACUUGGACGAUGAUGAUAAUGGAAAAAGAUGGUCAGAGAUGGUAUUUCAUGAUAGGACCUUGUCGGAGGGAUUGUUCUUUACUCCUAUUGUUGAGUAUGAAUAUGACGAACAAUAUCCCCUUCAAGGAUUGAAAGAGAAGCAAGAGUUUAAAUGUUUCGAUUUAAAUUUCUCACUAUCUUUUUUGUUCACAUUAGUUAUAUGCCUGGCUACUGCUUCAGAUAAAACCAAAGCCCAACCGACCCAGAUGGUCUUUACUUUGAUGGUCAUACAUGUGUGCUUGAAGUUGCUUUCCUUCAACUCUUCUCUAUCUCUUCACGGAAUUUACAGCUAAUUUCUUGGUAUUGUAGAAAUUCUAUUUUUGUUAACUAAUGUCAUUAUUAAUUAACAAAAAUUUUAUUUAUAAGUUGAGAGAUGCAUUUAUAAAUUACAACACUAUUAAGCUAAGUAUGCCAUUGUUAGAAGUAUUUUAUUUAUUUUAUUGGUUGUAGAGCAGAGAUUUUCCAAUUGUUGAACAUCCUAUGGUACUAGAGAAUAAGAAAAGCUUUUCCAAUUCAAUUGCAGAAUUAUAUCUGUAAAACUGAAGGAGAAAAAAAAAUUUAUAAUUAAAAGCUUGUUCAAGUUA